UUGAACACACCUAUAACAUGCCUGUACGAUGUAUUAUAAAUAAAGAAUAUAGAUAUAGUUUUAAUCAAGUGUGCGCAGAUACGUUAUUUUCAUUAAGUGAUCCAAAUUUACUAUGUAAAUUGCGUCCUAAUGAUGUAUUGUUACUCGUAACAAUAAAGGAUAAUAUUCAUCUGCGAGAGUACGGAGUGAUGGUUUCUUAGCUGAUUGAUUCGCGAAUGUAACCUACAAAAAUAACACUUCCAGAUGUUCUGUACAAGAAACGGGAGAAAGCGCGGUAUUUCGUUGCUGUUUAAUUUGAUACCGAGAGUUCUCUAUUCACGUCGCAACGACGGAAGUACCAGUAUCUCCUUACACAAGCUCAUCAAGAUUAAUGGUGAUUCUUUGGAUGGAGAUAUUGACAACAGCGCAUGGGAUACCAAUUCUAAUUGGAAAUUGUUAACACCAAAAGGCUUUCGAUUUUAUCUUCCUGGAAGUGUAGGACCUGCAUGGCUAGAUGCAACAACCACUGCCCAAGUUGAUACUUACUGUGAUGAAUCAUUUAAUGAAGAAGAGUUUAUAGAAUCUUUAGAAAAUAGAUAUCAAAAAAAUAAGGAAAAUUGGAAAAUCAUGCAGCCAAUGUUGGAUUUUGUGGCACAGGAAUGCCCUGUUCUCUUGCGAAAAAGUAUAGAAGAAUUGUUUCCAGAAUGCUUGGACGUGACCUCAUCGCAGCUCACCAUUAUAACCAUUAAUCAAAGAGCAAAUCUUAUCUCAAUGAGACAUCGUAAAGAAGCAGAAAUAGAGACUUGCCAAAUAUCCUGGAAUAUAUGCACCAAGCUCAAAAUGGCUGGUUAUUGGGCAGAUUUUAUUAACCCCUUUAGUGGGCAACCUCACUUGAGUUCACGAAAGAGUGUCAACUUAUAUGAAACUGAUGAACGAUUUCGCUGUACAGGAUUUAAAAUAAAUCAAAGAAACAAUUGCAAGAUUAUUACGUUUGACAAUAGUCUACAAAAUUUUAUUGGAAAUCUUUAUACUACAGCACCGCCAAGCACUGAGGUUUUAGAACAAAUAAUUAAUAAUGAGGAAUAAUAAAAAUAUGUACAUGUACAUUAUAUAUAUAAAAAAAAAAUGUUUAGUUUACUUAUAUUGAUAGAUCCUCUUUUCUUGAAAUUAUAAUAAUUAUUACACAUCUUUACAUGCAUGGGCGAUUGAAAAAUAUGAUGGAAUGAAAAUGAUUCUGAAUUCUGGUUGUAUAUUUUGUCAAUAUAUUUUGAAUCAAUGUAUUAGUAGAAUAAACCUCACAUCGUCUAUGCUCGUAAACGAUUCACAUUUAUUUAGUAAAAAUAUGAAUAUUGUAAUUAAAGUUUUAAAUUAUAGCUUU